AGUACAAUUUUACUAGCGGGCAUGCGCUAUCCCGCUUACGAGCCAGUCCGACAACACCGGCUGGAUGUCUUUAACGCAUCCCGGCGCCUGUUUUCCGCGAAAAAAAUAAAAUAUUCCGAAUUCAAAUUUUGAAAUCCGAUACGCAAUAUUCUAAUUUGAAGAAAAUAUUUUACGUUCUUCAUUUGAAAAUUUUAAGGUUCGAUACAGAAUUGUUGUAACUCAACAAGUGUAAUUUUUUGAUAACAUGUUUAUUAUUAUUUUUUUAAUUUUAGAAUAUCAAAUAAGAGAACGUAAGAUUUAAAAAGUGUCAAAUUUGCGGUUACGACUUUUUACCCCAAGUACUGAACCGGUACUGAAUUUUAAAAGUGACAUUUUGAUUGUGUUACUUUAUAUUUCGAAUAGUGAAGUGAAAUUAAAACUUAACAAACUAACUGGCCAGUGUUUUCGGUGGAUUGUAAAGUUUUUUUUUUUGUUUUACAAACAUGUGCGAAAUGUAAGGUCUAGAUGUCCGACGGACCAUCUCGCCUGCCCCUGAUCAAUCCAAAAUGCAAGCCCCACGAAAUGUGGGCCGCCAUGACACGCUCUAUUGAGAUACUCGUCGCUUUUUUCGAGUACUAUGCACAGAGAGCACAGCUUGAGACCACCUCUACCAGCUCCCCGCAAGCGAAGUCGCCGGCCGGGAGCAGCGCAGGCGCAGCGGGCGCAUCGACCGCCGCCGGCGACCGCACCCCGACCGCCACCAACAAGCAGCUGCAAAAUGUCAAGGGGCAGGAGCACCCGCCGCAUCCUUCCAUGGCGUUUCUUCAGAACCGCUCCAUAUCGCUGGUGGACAUGUACAUCGACAACUCUGAGCCUUCGGAGAACGUCGGACAGAUCCACUUCAGCCUGGAGUACGAUUUCCAGAACACCACUCUGAUAUUGAGGAUCAUUCAGGGUAAGGAGCUCCCAGCUAAGGAUCUAAGCGGCACAUCCGACCCGUACGUAAGGGUGACCCUCCUCCCGGACAAGAAGCAUCGUCUAGAGACUAAGAUCAAGAGACGGACUCUCAAUCCUCGCUGGAACGAGACCUUCUACUUCGAGGGGUUCCCGAUACAGAAGCUGCAAAGCCGGGUUCUACAUCUACACGUUUUCGACUACGAUCGCUUCUCAAGGGAUGACUCUAUUGGGGAGGUGUUCCUGCCCUUAUGUCAAGUGGACCUGAGCGAAAAGCCAUCCUUUUGGAAGGCGCUGAAGCCUCCAGCCAAGGACAAAUGCGGGGAGCUGCUGACCUCACUGUGUUACCACCCCAGCAACAGCGUGCUGACCUUGACCCUGCUCAAAGCCAGGAACCUGAAGGCCAAGGAUAUCAACGGAAAGUCAGAUCCAUACGUGAAGGUCUGGCUACAGUUCGGAGACAAGCGUAUCGAGAAGCGCAAGACUGCCAUCUUCAAGUGCACCCUGAACCCUGUCUUCAACGACUCCUUCUCCUUCAACGUGCCGUGGGAGAAGAUCAGAGAGUGUUCUCUCGACGUCCAGGUCAUGGACUUCGACAACAUCGGGAGGAAUGAACUGAUUGGGCGGAUAUUAUUGGCUGGCAAAAAUGGCUCCGGCGCAACCGAGACGAAACACUGGCAGGAUAUGAUCACAAAGCCGAGGCAGACAAUAGUGCAAUGGCAUCGUCUGAAGCCAGAGUAAAUUGUUAAUUAAAAAGUAAAGGAAAAUAACAAAAAAAAAAGUUAAUACAAAACGUCAUAAGACUGAGCGGUACAUGGAGUAACGGAUCCACCUCUCUAUCUGUCUUCUGGACUUUGAAAAUGCACGGAUGUUUCAUGUGUUUUUCGUUUUUUUUUUUCUUUCAAAAGACGCGCGAGGUUUGUCUGCGUGAAAUGGCGAUCAAUAGGAUUCUUUUCUCAAAAUAAACUUGUCCUAUUGGUACAGAUUUUUCGCUCGCAUUUGACCGAACCUCGUUCUCUAUUUGAAAAUUUCGGUAGUUUUUUAAUUUUUUUAAUUGUUCGAAAUCGUGUUUCAAAAAUAGAAUAUAAUUGAAAAUAUUCUAAAUUUAUGUUGAAAUUUAAAUUGUUACAGAAACAAAAUAUAUAUUUCUGUUAAUUUGAAAUGUUAUGUAUAUUUUUGACGCUUUUAGUGAUUUUAUUACUUUACCUGCACGGACAUUUCAUAACUUUUCAAUAUCUGACAACUGUAAAACUUCUGAUACUUCGAAACUAAGACAAUUUCCCAACUUCACUUUCAAAAAAUAGAUCUGUUUUCAAACGCGAUGGAAGAUUUUUGAUUGUUAUUAUUUUAUUAUUGAAAUAAACACAUAUUGUAUAUGUGUUUAUAACAUGUAAUUAUUGUAUUUUUUAUCAUAAAUUCAAUUAAUUUACACUUAAUUAUAUUAUUAUUUAAAUACUAAUAUGAUCUUCGAAAAUGUUUGAAAACACGAUCAUUGUUCAAAAAUUAUUGACGUUUUAUUCGUAAAGUUGAACAAUCAAUGUUAAGGUUUUUAAUAAAUUGUUAGAAAAUUAUAAUACAAUUGUUAAACUGUAGUGAAUACGUGAAAAUGUCGAGUUCAUAUCGCACAAAGAGUGUAGAUGUUUUAAUUAAAUUAUUUUAAAUAAAUAACAAAACAAUUCUGCUCAAGAAAUCUUAAACCUUAUUUUCGUGUUGUUGAGCAUUUCAGUCGAUUUUGAUCGAGUCAAGAAGUUUUUUUUUUAUCUGUCGUAUUCAUAUAAGGAAACAAGUAUUUCUUCUAUCUAUGGAAACAAUAAAUCAAAAAUGUAAACUGCCAAAUUGUUAUUUAUGAACAAUACAAAUAACGGGAUAUUUCGAAACAAAUGUGUCAAAUACAUUUUGUCAUUUGAAUAUUAUAAAGGUUAAUACUAUGGGCGUCUGCAUCGUGUUUGUCACUUUAUUAUCCAAAAAAAUAUAAUAAAAAAAACUUUGAGGGUUACCAGAAAAGUCGUGUGCAAGGGCAAAGUUAUAUAAUAACAAAAAAAAAUCUGACGUUCCGUCAACAUAUUUUUUUCGCCCGCCAUUUUCAACCACGUGACCCACGCGAUGUGGACGACCUAUCGGAGGACAUUCUAAAUUAAUUGUUAAACGUUAAGGGAAUUUAGAAAACGGCAUGAGUUAUAUACGGUUGGUCAAUUUUAGGCGCGAAAUAAUAAAUACGAAAUUAAGCUGAAUGUCACGAAAACAUUUAAUUGUUCGUAUGUUAAAUUCACAAAUUUGUAUAUUUUGUGAUAUAUAUUGUAUCUAUGGCUUUAUAAAUAUAUAAUUAUUUGUAGUUUAUAAUUACAUAGGGAACGUAAUAUAUGCAUUUUUAUAUUUUCCAUUUAAAUUAAAAAUUGAUAUACUCGUACAUAUGCGAAUGCAAAAUUGUUUGCAACAUUUUUAAUUCUUAAAUUAUAAAUUUUAUCAAUUUUAAACAAUAUAUAUAAAGUCGUAGAUAUAGUAAUGAUUGAAUUGUGCUAUACAUUUGGUUUUAUACAUACCUAUAUGUAUUUUAAACAUAGUUAUUACGAUCGAAAUGCUUGUUGUUACGUACCAAGCUUACAUUCCGUAGAAGUAUUGAUGUUAUAUGAAAAGAGUAUAUAAAAUGAUCAGAAUCAAUAUUGUACACAUUUGUAAAAGGUUUUAUAGCGAGAAGUAGCGUAUUUUAUAUAGAUGUACCUACCUAAUUAUCGUAAUGUUUGUAUUAAAAUUCGGCACUUCGAAAGAUAUAUAAGAAAAUUAUACUGUACAUUAUUUAUCGAUGCAUAAAUAUAUUUAAAAGAUUUUGAAUAUUCAUAUUUAGUUCAAAAUUAAGCGGUUGUAAUUUUUUGGAUAGGUAAAAAAUAUGUCUGUUCGAUAAAUAAGAGUUACUAUAAUAAAAAACACAGAAGGAAAUUAAUAUCAAAUGAAAGUGAACAAUAUUAGCUAUUUAUAUUUAUUAUCUGUGAAUUGUAGCCAUUUACGAUAUUUCGUGAUGCUUAUGUAUUGGCAUUUUUUAAAUCAUUUCUGAUAUGCAAAUAAAACAAAAUAUGCAAAUAAAAAAAUGGAACACUAGUAUUUUCUUUUCUAAAAAAACUUCUUUUCUAAAUUUAUUCUAGAUCCUGGCAUCGAAUCAAAUUUUUUUUUUUACAUGUAAAAAUCCAAUAUCAUCAUUUUUAAUGCCGAAAACAACAUUUUUUUUUUUUUGGAAGAUUGAAAGAUAAACUUGAUGACCCGAUAAAUAUCUAGUUGUAUGAUGCCAAUUAUAACAAAUACAUAAUAUGUAUAAGCAAUCGAAGUGCCCUAUUUUCGAAAUACUUACAUACGUAGCUUGUUGUGUAGAUGUUAGGCAGUUAAAAGUUCAUGUUAGCUGCAGAUUUGUUAACGUAACGGUUUUAAUGUUAAAAUCAGUUUCUUUUUGAAUUUCGAAACAUUACAGAGCUUCAGAACCCGAUUUUAGGAUUGCCAACAUAAUAAUAUUAAUAUAGCCUGUGGAAUAGUAUAAUGAUAGGUUAAAAUGUAUUCUGAGCCUUGGUUUCAUCAAUACUUAGCGCUGUUGUUUGGAUGUUUAUCUACAAGUAAUAUGUUAUAAGUAUUAUGUUAAAAAUUAUAUCUUUGAAUUAGUAUCCCGUAAUGCAAGUCUCGAAUUUACUUUGGAGUUGACUCUGUGUGACGUGUCCAUCAUCACUUUCAUACAUAACUGGCUUUAUUUUCAACAAAAUUAAUCCUGAAAAAAUAACAGUUAAUUAUGCAUCAUAACAUUUUAUUACCUACGUGCGAAGUGCCAAGUUUGGAAGUCGGCAGUAGACUUAGUUUAAGUAAUUUUUUUGACGUCAAUAAGUGAUGUAUAUCAUACUAAAUUGAAUAAAGAAUUUUGAAUUUGAAUUUGAGUGCAAUAAUUCAGACGCCAUUUUUAAUGAACUACACUAAUAAUUUUAAACGUUAUAAAUAUUAGCCAAUUCACAUUGCAAAUUCUAAACGUCAUUCAAAUAUAUAGAUUCGCGUUUCACGUGCUAAGUACAUUUUGUGUGGAAGAACACCUUGUUAGACAACUGUGUUAUACUAUACCUACAUGUGUUUUAUAAUCCCAUGUCUAAGUUUCGUAAGUAUUGGUGAAACCUGUCCAUAUUUAGAACGGCUGCAAACCUAACUCGGUGUCCUAAGUGAGCGGCAAACGCGACAAUGCGGCGUUAGGAUACAUCAAAUGUCAAAUAUGUAGAUUUUUUUGUGGAAUAUGUUGCCGCCAUCGUAAUCCUCUUUACAUACCUACGCAGCAUCAGUCGGAUCGCAUCGUACAGCGUCAAGUCGCUCAACUAGGACGCCAGUAGUUUGCUCGUAGGCAUUACGCCAAAUGUUUGCUAAAGUAUAUCUCGUAUUGUAGAUAAAUGGCAAAAAUCUAUAUUUUUUACUGUCAUGUUCUAAAGCGCCGACUUCUGUGUGCUUUCCCCUUUAUUUUUGCUAUGCAUUUUAAUUAACUCAAUGCUUAGAAUAGUUUAGAUACAAUUUAUGAUUGUCGCAAUUUAUUGAACAAAAAAUGCAUAUCCUGAUAAAGGUUAUAAUUAAUUAAAUAUUGUAAGUAUUAAAAUGAAAGGUCAGCCAUGAGAGGAACUAUUGUAUAACUGUAUAAAUAAAAUAUAAAAUAUAUUUAAACAUUCAUUGUUGUCAUACAAACUGUAUGUUUGAGAUAUAUUUGUGAAAUCUUACGGAAAUUUUUAACUUCCA